CACCCUUCUUCCAUCUUCAACCUCUGGAUCUGUGUGUAUAUAUACACCUUCGACGACAGCUCGUCACUCUAUACCCAAUUUAUCAAUCGAAUUUCCAUCUCUUCAUUGGUUUUCUGUUUUUCUAAUAUUUGGGGUUUUCUAAAGCUGUCAUCCAUGGCGUCCUUCAAGGCUUCGCUUUUGCUCAGUUCCAUCGAUGGUGACUAUUCCAGAGAUGCUGCUUUCGGACAGAACCGUCGAGGGGCCGGUGCGGUUCAUGUUAUUGUGGGCCCCAUGUUCGCAGGGAAGUCCACUGCUCUGCUUCGCCGGAUCAAAUCGGAGAUCAGCGAUGGACGAAACGUUGCGAUGAUAAAAUCGAGCAAGGAUACAAGAUAUGCGAAGGAUUCGGUGGUCACACACGAUGGAAUCAAAUUCUCUUGCUGGGCUUUGCCAGAUCUUAUGUCGUUUGCUGAGAAGUUUGGAGAUGAUGCUUAUUCCAAGCUUGAUGUGAUUGGAAUCGAUGAGGCUCAGUUCUUUGGAGAUCUUUACGAUUUCUGCUGCAAGGUUGCUGAUGAAGAUGGAAAAACAGUGAUUGUAGCAGGCCUAGACGGCGACUAUUUGAGAAGAAGCUUCGGUUCCGUUCUUGACAUUAUACCGAUCGCUGAUACAGUGACAAAGUUAACUGCCCGGUGUGAGCUUUGUGGCCAUAAGGCUUUCUUCACUCUGAGAAAGACCUGUGACACUCAGACAGAACUGAUAGGUGGAGCUGAUGUCUACAUGCCUGUAUGUCGCCAGCAUUACAUCAAUGGCCAAGUUGUCAUCAAAGCUACAAAGAAAAUAUUGGAAACUGACAUUGCCGAACCCGAAACCCUCAAGGAGACUCUUGCUGCAGCCUAACUCUAGUUGUUGUCAUAGAAGAAACAUUAUGGUCUUUCUUGAUUUUAGUCUGUGUUUCACUUUACUCAUCUGGGUUUCUCUCUUUUUCUUCAGAAAACAUUUUUUAUACUACCUUGAUGUAUAUACAGUGAAGUAUGAUGAAUUCAAAAUGCGGCUUUGUUAUCUACAAGCUGUUGGUACA